AUGUAUAGACGGAUACUACCUGCAAUACGGUGUAUGCGGUAUUACUCACAAAUUCCCGUUUCCCAAAUAUUGUCCACUCCCAUUACUUAUAAAUCAAUUCAAAAAAUCAUCCCAUAUUUUGUAAAAUUAUCAAUAGAGGAACAAGAUAAAUUGAUUGCAACCAAUCCCAAACUUAUAAAUAUCCAAUUACAAUUGUUGUUAUGUUUUGAACCUACUUCCAAGAAUAUUUUUAAAUUUAUAUCUGACAAUAGUAAACAUGUACAAGUUGAAUUGGCGGAAACUUAUAUCUAUAAUCUACUAGUAUCGAAUAAUUUGAAAGCAGCAACCGCUUUGUUGCAUAAACUACUAAACGAGAACAAAGAGUUCCAACUAUCCAACGAACUAUGGUCAUAUUACAUGGAUGUUGUUUGUCGUAAUGGGGAUCACCUAGGAGCAAUGUUGGUUUAUCACGAGUUGAUUGAUAAUGUAAAGUUUUAUGAUGAAAUUACAUAUCUAGUACAGACAAAUAACUUGAUACCAUUCUUAGUGAAUACAACUACUUUGGAAUGCUUAGCAACAAUCUUUAAGAACAAUAAAGAUCCAUCCCGAAUAGAUGGUAUUCUACAGUAUUUCCGUCGCUUUUAUUCCUAUCAUCAAUAUCAAUAUUUAUACAAAGCUUUGUUGAUUUUACGUGUUGAAUGUUAUUCUAGUAUGAAUAACCUACCACAAAGUUUGAAAUGUUUUAAAAAUUUGGCUUUUGCUCAUAAUCAAACUGAUAUCCAAGGUAAGAAAGCUGUUUCUGCAGUUGUAGAAAAUAUCCAAACCAGGAAAGAAAAUAUUGAAAAUAAUGAAAAUUCAAUCGAUUAUCAAGAUUCAAAACAUAAUUUAGAUAUUCAUCAAAAUUUAUUGGCUAAUAUUUGUCAAACUGAAUUGUUCAGUCCAUUAAUGCAUAGAAAUGUUUAUUCUUCAAAAAAAAUGGGAGGACCAGUUCCAGUCAUUAAUGGAUCAGUGUUUAGAGAUGAAUUACCAAAUUUUGAACAAUUAAUAACUGAACAUGUAUCACAAAUGGAUAUGCGUGAAAUAUUACAUUUAACCAAAAGUUCCCAUUUAUUAAUUCAUAUUUUCAUAGUGUCUGCUUUAUGUAAUGUUGGGAAACCAGAAACGGCAUUACUGUAUUUAAAAACACUUUCACAUAUUUUUCCAAACAAAACAAAGAAACAUUUAAUCAAGAAUCAAAAUUUUAUAAGAAUUUUAACCUCAACAACAAAUAUUGAUUUUGCAACAGAAGUUUUAAAUUUCUGCCGAAGUAGUCAAAAUGAUCAUGUUGAUAGUAGGGUAAUGAAGGCAUAUGUUCAAGUGUUAUUGCUGAAUAAUAAGUCAUCAUGGAGUGAUUUACAACAACCGCUUGCAGCCAUUGAAAAAUCAAAGAACAACAAUUUGACAUUGACUAAAGAGCAAUAUGAAAGGUUACAAAAAAUCACCGAACAUACCAAUAAUAGUUACAAUUUUAUUCAUGUACAUAAUUAA